GGCCCCGGGACCGGAAGCGCCGCCCCUCGUGACCGGAAGUGGCGCGGCCCGGGACCGGAAGCGGCGCGUGCUGAGCCGUCGGUUCAGAAAAGAGGGCGGUUUCACCGAUCGAUCGAUCGUACUGAGCGCCCGCCGGGUGCGGGACACCGUGCCUUAGCAACCUUGGGAGACGCCCCGGCCAAGAUGAGCUUCGUGGAGUACGAGGACCUGAUCAAAGACGGAGACACGGCCAUCGUGUUCCUGGGCCACGGCUCCAUGUUCCCGGUCCGGGUCCAGGCCGGCGGCCAGACGCAGACCAAGUACGGCGUGAUCCGGCAUUCGGCCGACCUGAUCGGCAAGCGCUUCGGGGCCAAGGUGACCUGCAGCAAGGGGGGCUGGGUGUACGUCCUGCACCCCACGCCGGAGCUGUGGACCGUCAACCUGCCCCACCGCACCCAGAUCCUCUACUCCACCGACAUCUCCCUCAUCACCAUGAUGCUGGAGCUCAAGCCGGGCUCGGUCGUCUGCGAGUCGGGAACAGGAAGCGGCUCCCUGUCGCACGCCCUUCUGCGGACGAUCGCGCCCACGGGGCACCUGUACACGGUCGAGUUCCACCAGCAAAGGGCCGAGAAGGCGAUGGAGGAGUUCCGCGCCCACAAAGUGGACCACUUGGUGACGGUCCGGAACCAGGACGUGUGCAAGAACGGCUUCGGCGUCACCCACGCCGCGGACGCCGUCUUCCUGGACAUCCCCUCGCCGUGGGAGGCCGUCGGCCACGCCAACGCAGCCUUGCGAGCGGAAGGGGGCCGUCUCUGCUCCUUCUCUCCGUGCAUCGAGCAAGUGCAGAGGACCUGCCGUGCGCUGGCGGAGCACGGCUUCACCGAGGUGCACACGCUCGAGAUCCUGCUGCAGGCGUACAACGUCCGGACCGUCAACCUGCCCGUCCCCGACCUGGGCAAGGGGGCCGCGGCCGACGCCGCAGACGCCCCCUCGGACGCGGCCGCGGACUCCGGGCCCCCGCCCCCGGGGGUGGCCCAGUUCAAAAGCGGGGUGCCGCUCAGGGAGAUGGUGGGCCACACUGGCUACCUCACGUUCGCCACCAAGAACUGAGCUUAAAAGCCACGGGGCGGUCCCGGCGGAGGGAGGAGGAGGACGGUGAGGAGGAGGAGAAGGAGCGGAACUCUUCCAACGAUCCCUCCUCGGCACACAGCACCAUAUAUAGUCAAGCGGAGCCGGGAGAAAUUCUGUUUAAAUAACACACCCGCGCGACCCUGACGCUGGGACGUUGAGGGCACGCGGGCCGCCCGGCUGCGGAGAGGAGAUCUCCGACGUCCGCGAUCUGCUGCCGGCUUGGGGGGCGGUUAGGGAGGAGGAGGAGGAAAUAAAGCCCAAGGAUCGGCCACAUCUUUCCGUUGUUUCCUCUCUUCGAACCGUUUAAUCGGAGAGCCCGGGUCACUUGGGCUCCCCCUCUUAGGGGCGGGCGUGAUUCCUGACGGAGCCCUCCCGGAGAGACCCCCUGGACGCUGAGCGUGAGCGUCAAGGUGUUCCUAGGCGCCGUCCCCACCCCGACAGGUGGUUUUGUACUCUGGGACAUUUUAGGAGGCCAGAUUAAAUUCGCGACUGUUGAAUGAGAAAACUGGUGUGCUGCCUGUGCGUCCGGGGUUAUGAGGCCCUCGGCGAUCUGGGGUUUUUUUAUUUUUAAAUGGUGUUUGAUAAGUGCUUUCUAU